AAGAGCAACAAUGGUGAACAAUGGUAGUAAUGGAGUUGAUGAUCACAAGGCAAACAAAGGUGGUGGCCUAGCAAGUGUCAUAGCAUUGGGCACUGCUAACCCUCCCAAUGUUUUCUAUCAAGACGACUUCCCUGAUUACUACUUUAGAAUCACCAAUAAUGAGCACAGGGUUGAGCUAAAGGAAAAAUUCAAACGAAUAUGUGAGAGGUCGAUGAUCAAGAAGAGGCACUUUUUCUUGACAGAGGAGAUACUUAAGCAAAAGCCGAACCUAUGUUCAUUCAUGGAAGAGAACUCACUAGACACUCGCCAAGAUAUAUUGGUGGAAGAGGUGCCAAAGCUUGGAGCAAAGGCAGCGGUUAAAGCUUUGGAGGAAUGGGGACGUCCACUCUCAGAUAUUACUCACCUUAUCUUCUGCAGCAAUAGCGGUGUUGAUAUGCCGGGCGCUGACUUCCAGCUCGUCAAACUCCUCGGCCUUCCAUUGUCCACUAAAAGAAUUAUGUUCUACUGCUUGGGAUGCUAUGCCGGCGGCACAGCAUUACGAAUAGCUAAGGAUCUCGCAGAAAACAAUCAGAACGCCCGUGUGCUAGUCGUGUGCUCGGAGAUGACGGUCAUCAGGUUCCGUGGGACUGACGAUGUGCACAUGGAUUGCCUCAUAGCGCAAGCUAUCUUUGGAGAUGGAUCUGCUGCAGCAGUGGUUGGAGCAAACCCCAUUCCCGGAAUGGAAACUCCCUUUUUUGAACUGGUGUUCACUGACCAAGUCAUCAUCCCAGAUAGCGAGAAGGAAAUUCAUUGUCAGCUCAGAGAAGUAGGGAUGACGUUCCAAUUACUCAGUGACUUACCAAUAACCAUAAGUAAAAAUAUGGAGAAGGGCUUGUUGAAGGUGUUCGAACCACUAGGUAUGUCCAUCUCGGACUGGAACUCGUUGUUCUGGAUCACCCAUGCUGGAGGGCGUGCUAUUUUUGAUAGGAUCCAAGAGAAACUAAGGCUGAAGCCUGAGAAGCUAAAAGCCACGCGUCACGUGAUGAGUGAGUAUGGGAACAUGGUCAGCUGCUGUGUGUUUUUCGCCAUGGAUGAGAUGAGGAAGCGCUCAAUGGCGGAAGGGCUACCCACUGCCGGAGAAGGACUUGAAUGGGGGACCCCAAGGUCGUUGGCGGUGCUUCAUGGCUUUGGUCCAGGGUUAACCGUGGAGACUGUUGUCCUCCGUGCACCGCCUCUCAAGGCCAAUGGCCUUAUCUCAAAUGGAAAUCAUUAAUUAACUAAUUGUUGUAGCCCGUGCAGUGGCAUCUGUGCAUAUAUGGUGCACACAGUGUGGUCUUGUCUUUGUUAAUUAAGGGUUUGUC